GGCCAGAAGUCCUGGCCUGCGCACCCCCAUGUGCUGCCCGCCCCCCUUCCUCCACCUCCUCCCAGGCUGCCCAGGCACCGCUCCAGUACCCACCCAGCCUCCCUCCAUGAGACGGACACCCAGAGGACCAUCCAUAUGCACAAGAUGAUUAGGAAAAUAACCUCCAGCCUGGGAAGACAUGUGUCCACCAUGGCACGUGGGACCACCCAGGUGAGAAGAUUUCUGCAUGGUGCUUAUGUCAGGAUUCAUCCCUCUGUCCAGGAAGCCCUGAUGGAGGGGAGACCAGUUGUAGCCUUGGAAAGCACGAUCAUUACUCAUGGCAUGGCCUAUCCUCUGAAUCUGAGCAUGGCCAUAGAGGUGGAAGAAACUGUAAGAGUAAAUGGAGCAGUGCCAGCCACUGUAGGUAUUUUAAGGGGCCAAAUCCAUGUGGGACUCACAGACGAGGAACUCGAGUUCUUGGCAAGCAGUAAAAAUGCAGUUAAAGUGUCUCGGAGAGAUUUUCCUUUUGUUCUCAGCCAGGGCCUGUCUGGUGGCACUACUGUGUCUGGAACAAUGAUUGCUGCACACAAAGCGGGAAUUCCUGUGUUUGUGACAGGUGGCAUAGGAGGUGUCCAUCGGGAAGGAGAGAACACUAUGGAUGUGAGUGCUGACUUGACAGAGCUAGGGCGAACUCCAGUUGCUGUUGUAUCUGCAGGAGCCAAGUCUAUCCUUGAUAUUGGCAGGACACUGGAAUAUCUGGAGACUCAGGGUGUCUGCGUGGCUGCCUUUGGAGAAUCAAGAGAGUUCCCAGCCUUCUUCUCACGCCAGAGUGGCUUCCAGGCACCAUAUCACGUCCGGGACGAAGAGGAGGCAGCUAAACUCAUUGACAGUGCUCUGGGGCUAGGCCUGAGCAGCGGGGUGCUGAUAGCAGUGCCCUGUCCCCAGGAGCGAGCUGCCUCAGGCCAGGUCAUCGAAGAGGCCAUCCAGCAAGCUCUCAGUGAAGCCAGGUCCAAAGGGAUCACAGGCAAAGAAGUGACCCCUUUUUUGUUACAGAAGCUCAUAGAGUUAACUGAUGGGAAAUCACUGGACUCCAACCUUGCACUGAUCCAGAACAAUGCCAAAGUGGGCAGCUGCAUUGCAGUAGCCCUGAGCAAAAUACAGAAAGCCAGAAGGAAGGGGAACCUACCUCGUCGAGGGGACAUGACUGCACCUCAACCAGUGGUGAUUGGAGGUAUCAACGUUGACUUCAUAGCCAAGGCGCAGAACCCUGACAUCCUGGGUGGUGGGCAAACAAAUGCUGGAAGAGUGAGACGAACCUUUGGCGGUGUUGGAAGAAACUUGGCAGACUGUUUAAGCCGUCUUGGACAAACUCCUCUCCUUUUAUCAGCUGUGGUGAAGGAUGAGCAUUUACAGUCUGUCCUGCACUACUGCCACCACAUGGACAUGAGUGCUGUCCUUCAGCUGGAGGGGAAGAGCACAGCCACUUACUGUGCUGUGGUCACCAGUGCUGGGGAGCUCAGCAUCGGCUUGGGAGAUAUGGACAUCCACCAGCAGAUCACAGAGCAAUACGUGUCCCAGUUCAAGGAGAACCUGUGUCAGGCCCCGCUAGUUUGCAUUGAUGGAAAUGUGCCUCUUUCCACUAUUCAGUACGUCUGCCAACUAGCUAAAGAGCAUCAGCUAGCAGUGUGCUAUGAGCCAACAGAUGAGAACAAGGCCUCUAAGCCGUUCCUCUCAGACAGCUGGAAAGCACUCACAUACAUUUCCCCCAACCUGCAAGAGCUAAGAGCAAUAAAUCGGACCCUUGGGAACCCUGUGCCAGCAGAGCUGCCAUCCAGGUUGGAGGAUGUUGUCCAGACUGCAGUGGCCUUGGCCUGCCCUUUGCUGGCCCAUCUGCAGUGUGUGGUGGUGACCCUCGGCACUCACGGCAUCCUCCUGUGUGGCAAGAGCCUGGGAGGGAGCAUCUUGCUUUGUCCAGGAGCUCACGAACAGACUGCUGCUGCCAGCCUCUGUGCCGCCCACUACCCCACCAUCCCCAUCAGCAGAGAGGAGAUAGUCAAUGUCUCAGGAGCUGGCGACAGCUUAAUGGCAGGAAUCCUUGCAGGGAUGCUUGCUAAACAUGACACAGACACCUGUGUCCAGAUGGGUCUUCUUGCUGCAAGCUUGUCUCUCCGUUCUUAUGAGCCCAUUUCCCCAGAAAUCAGCACUUCCAGUGUCAGCCAGGAGCAAGUCAAGAGCAGGAGCUGGCCAGAGGUGAAGGUAUGGAAGAUGGACUAGAACACCGUGGCUUUCUCAUCUAUGACCUCCCUGAAGUCCCAGCAUUCCUAUUUCCAGGAACUGGACUGUUUUAAGCAUUGAGUUCAAAGGCUGGGUGCUGACCAGAGGAUUUAGACUUUUGGUGCACGGUACUUUUUGGGAGGUGAAGUGUUUGUGGAGUGCAUUCGGUGAAAACUGAUAUUGCACUGUUCAUAUUUAUGUUUGUCUGCUGUUGUUAACUGUCCUUUUUUUUAAUUUUUAAAAAAAUUUUUAUUUGGUGGGUUACAGCAACCACAGCUUGGUUCUUCUGCCUGUUGACAGUAUAUCUCACCCACCCCUCAUCCCUCCAUCUCAUGGGAACACUCAUCUGCUUUGGGCCUGAGUAAAUGCUCAGGGAAGGAGGCCCCAAACCAGGGAAGUUCCAUGUAAAGAAAAAUUGGUUUCUGGUCUUUCAGACCUCCUGCUUCCCUGACCUCCAGUCCUUCUAGAUUGUCUAUUAAGGGAAUUUAUUCUUCCUCCACCUUGUGUCACUGUUGCCCAUUAUCAUGGUAGCUCCUCAGUCAUUGACUCCUAGAUCUUCAGGACCAUGUCUCUUCAGCUGGGCCCACCAGCAACAUCCUUUCUAUCCAAGAGGUCCCGUGGACCACAACCUGUGGCAAGGUGCAGCUGGCAUGAUCAUGACAUUGUAGGAAAACCUCAUCAGUCUUCCUGAGCCAGCCAGCCAGCCACACUUUCUUGCUCGGAAGUCCAAUGCCCCUGGAAAAAGUAGGCAAAACUAAGCUAAGAGGGGUAACCAGGGAGCAGCUGGUGGCCUUUAAAAGAUGACAGACCCUUGUUCCACACACUUUCCUCUGAACUUCGGGCUUCCUUCCUUCUUUAGUCUGGAGUGUCAAGUCAAGCAAAAGGGAGCACAGGGAGCAAGGGCAUCUCUCAUGGAAGCAACGAGGAAAAGUCACCUACUGUCUCUCUCUCAGCAUAUAAUGUGCACAGGAUGCAGCUGUGGGCACCGACAUAAGUGAACCCUGAAACUCAUUAAAACUAAUUUCUAGUAGAGUUGGGUCUUGGUGCUGGCUGGUUCUUGAACAGCUAGUAAGUCUGGAGUACAGACUCUCCCUCCAUUUCAUAUAGAGACCACCCAUAGUGAGAACCCUUGCUUGAGGAGCAGAUCCCAGGUGUCUGACACAGCACAAAAGCCAACCAAAGCUUGGUCAGGGCAGCUCUAACACCUCUCUCUUGGGUGGGCUCUAGUAUUUAAGAAUGCAAUGGACGGAGGCAUUAACUGGGUGUCCUUCCUCUAGCCAAGACCACUUUCACCAGGCCCAUACCAACUCCUUACUUCUGAGCCUGCUGCCUUUCCUUCAGACACACAAACAUUUGCCAGCAGCCUCACCUUUACUAAGACCUUGCUUGCAACUGUGGUUUAGCUAAAAGAUUCUGUGCUCCGAAAUGGGAGAUGCCACACACCCAUGUGUGUACCUGGCACUGGACAGGGUGGCCAUGGCAGGAGGGUGCUGGGGUGUUUGGGAACACAAGGGAGGGGGACUGGGGCCCACGCAAGCAGCUGGGUUUGUUCGUAAGCAGGGAGGUGGGACACAGCAGGGGCGGGGGAAAAGGGCUGUGCCCCCAAGGUAUGUCCCUGCUGUAUAAAAAUGACUUCAGUUGGAUCCAGAGUCAGGGGGAAAACAGCUUCCACCUCUGCUCCAGCCUCCAACAGCCUUGUCCAGGCAGGAGGACCCCAAGCAAAGGCAGGCCCUGAGGAUGAAGGUCCAGGCACUGACAUUUGCUGCGCUCCUCCUGGUGCUGCUCUGCUCAGCCCCAGCACUAUCUGGGGCACUAAGGGGCCAGGCCAGCAACCCCAAGAGGCAGCCAGGAGCUAGGGGCCCUGGAGAAGAUGCUUGGCCACCUGGAGAUGGAGGGGACAAGCUGCCUGGGCAUGGCUCAGAGGGGAGCCACCCCCCAGCCAGUGCGUGGAAAGCGAUGGGAGAGGCACACCCCAGCUCCGGGUCCCCCAGCAAGAUCAUGGCCAAACCCCGGCUGGGCAGUGGGGAUCAGGUCCCUGCCAGCAAGCCCUGGAGGCUCCCACUGCAGCCCUCCCGCAGCAGGAUCCCGAGGCUGAGCCUCCACCUGAAGGACUACGGGAAGUUCAACAGUGACACGCACUCCUGCCAUACCAUUCAGUCCCGGCCCUGCCAGAAGCCCUCUGACUGUGGUGGCUGCCUGGGGCUCUACACCUGCAAGCUGCCUGCUGGCAUCUGCAACCUGAAAGCCGUCUCCAGGCAGAGAGGUGGGUUCCUCCAAAGCAUCCAGAGCCCUUAAAGACAUGCUGAUCUCGGAGCAACACAGCUUGAAAUAAAGCUGAAGAGGUUGUCCUGCAGCUGGAGAUCAAUACUUUCUGUCUGAGUUUCAUUUUAAAUCCUUAAUGACACAGUUGUAAACGUUUCUUUCAUUGCA